AUGAAACUAGCUGGCAGCAGGUUUAAAAUGAAUACCGGCCAGUUCCUUUUCAUUCAGCCGGGAAUUGAAGGAUCACUGGCUGGCGUGCUGGAGGUGCAGCGCAGCGUGACGGCGGUGCUGGGCACGGAUGCGGUGCUGCCCUGCCAUUACCGGGCCCAGGUGGGCGAGAAGGUGGUGCAGGUGACGUGGCUGAAGCAGGGGGCAGACGGGCAUAGCAUAGAGUUGGCCGUGCUGCACACGGAGCACGGGGAGCACAUCCAGGAGCCCUACAAGGGACGGGUGCUGCGGCAGGCACAGGGGGCCCUGAUGGAUGGCGCCAUCGUGCUGAAGAACGCCGUGCAGGCCGACGAGGGCACCUAUGAGUGCCGCCUCAUCACCUUCCCCCUGGGCAACUUCGAGGCCAGCCUGAUGCUCAAGGUGCUGGUGCCCCCCCUGCCAAUCCUCAAUCCCGGCCCCCCGCUGGAGGAGGGCCAGGGCAGGACGCUGGCCGCUUCGUGCACGGCAGAGGGGAACCCAGUGCCCACGGUGACCUGGCAGACGGAGGUGCACGGCACCAACAUCACCCGCCAGUCCGUGCAUCCCCGCUCGGCCUCCAUCACCAGCGAGUUCUUCCUGGUGCCCGGGCGCAGCAUGAACGGCAAGGCAUUGACCUGCAUUGUCGCCCAUCCAGGGCUGCAGCACGAGAAGAGGAUCACGCAUAUGCUGAGCAUCGCCUAUCUCUCGGAUGCUUCGGUGCUGGGGCAUGAGAAGGAGGAGGAGUGGCACCAGGGCAAGGAGGGGGCUUCCCUGAAGUGCCUGGGGGAGGGGAACCCCCCACCCACCUACAACUGGACCCGGCUUGAAGGCUCCAUCCCUGAAGGUGUGAAGGUCAAGGGUGAUGUCCUCGUCUUCCAAAGACCCCUCGCCGUCAGCGACACGGGCGUCUAUGUCUGCCGAGUUGCCAACAGUUUUGCCACCAAGGAGGCUUGGGCCAAUGUCAGCAUCAAAGUGAGUGCUGUGAAGCAGGUGGACGUGGUGUCUGCCUCCAUGGUGGUAGUGGGUGUCAUCGCCGCUUUGCUGCUGUGCGUGCUGAUCGUGGUCGUCAUCUGCAUGACCCUCUAUCACAGGCGCAAAACCAAGCGCAUCUCCGAGAAGUACGAGGAGGAGCUGACACUGACAAGGGAGAACUCCAUCCGGCGCCUGCACUCCAGCCACAGCACUGACACAAGGAACCAGACCGAGGAGAUGCUGCACUUGCGUGGGGAGAGCCGGCAGGGCAGCCUGCGAGGAGACAGCCGGCAGGGCAGCCUGCGCGGUGACAGCCUGCAGGGCACCAGUGUCUGCUCUGUCCUGAGCGAGGAGGCGGAAGGACGCAGCUACUCCACACUGUCGACAGUACGGGAGAUCGAGACGCAGACGGACGUGCCAGCCGCCCCGGCACCCACCCCUGAGUGCAAGGACAUGAAGGAGGAGGAGGAGGAGGAGCGCAAUGGCAACACCAUAAAGCAAGCCAUGACCCACUUCAUCCAGGAGAACGGCACGCUGCGGGCCAAGCCCAGCACCAAUGGCAUCUACAUCAAUGGCCGGGGCCACCUGGUGUGAGCACGGCUGCGGGCAUGGACUCACCUGCCCUGCGGUGCCAGGGGCUGGGCACACAUGCCCCCAGGGCCCCCACACACCUCUGCCUGGGCCUUGUACAAACAGCUGGGAUGGGCUUUGGAUGCAGGGGUGCGGGUGCUAACUGUGGGACCCGGGACCCUGGCCAACGUGGAGUCCCCUCUGGCCUGCCCCUUGCUCCAGCCUGCCUCUGCCUCCAGCCUGGGGGCCUGCACUGACUCUGCUCUCCAGUCUGUUCUGCCUUCACCCCAAGGGGAGCCACCCCUGGGGCAGGGCUGGGGCAUCUCGUGCUCCUCUGGCAGCGGGGCUGUGCCCGCCUUGGCAGGGGAUGGGGCUCUGAGCUGCCCCAGGGCUCCCUGGGGUGGAUGGAGGAGACCAUCAGGAUGCUACAUGAGUAUCAGCCACAGGCUGGGCGGCCCAUGGGAUCAGGCCCCUGUCCAAAGAGACCCCAGGCUAGCAAGGGGUGGGGAGUACAUGUGAGGGGUGGGUAAGCUUCUGCAUCUCCCACUGCCUCCAGGAAAAGAGACACUGGAGCUGUGCCCCACUGGCAGCCCCUCCGCGGGCAGGGCUGGCACCGCUCACAGCUGGGCUGUGAUGAACACGAGGGCCAGCAAUCCUUUCCCUGGGCUGCAGGGCUCCCACUCCCAGGCUGCCAUGCCUAGCAUCACCUCACAAGGCCUCCAAGUCCCAGCCGGGCUGGGCUGCCCAGUGCUCCCCACAGCCCCCCAGCCUGCCACAGUCCUGGCAUCCAGUCCCAGGUGCUGGCCAGACCCAGCUGGGCUCCCUCAGUCCCUGGGACUGGGGAGAGGGGGUCCCUGCUGUGGCCUGAAGAUUUGAACCUAGGCCUCCAAGGACUGGGCAGGGUGUGGAGUCACCCAGCAUCCUCUGACAGUAACAAGCAGCUCAGCCUCCUCCAGUGGGCUGCUGUGUGGGAGGGACCAGGGGGACAGGGACAGGGCCAUGUCUGUCCCACCGUGCUCUGGCUCAUGCGGAAUAGCCCCAGAGAGCCCAGGGGUCCCAAGUGCACCCUCAUGCCAGACGUCCCUGCCUGGGAAUACCCACAGUCAGCACUGACCAGGGCAAGGGGCUUUUGUGGGUGGGAGCCAGGCUAUGUGUAGAGCCUCACAACCACGUGGCAGCUCUGUCCCAGACUCCUAGUCCUCUCCGGAGUCCCCAGCAACCCUGCAACCUGUUGGGGGAGAGCAAAGCUUGCCUCCUUGUCCCUGCUGGCACUGAGCCCUGUGAGUCCCUGGUGCUGGCAGGGCAGGGCAUGGCUUUGCUUCACAAUCUCAGCAUCUCCCCUGAUCCCCUGGUCUGGUUGCAUGUCCUCAGCUGCUUCCUCCCUGCCACCACAGAGGGGCUGGGGAUCAUGUGGGGGUUGAAGUGUCCCGUUCCCUGGCCACGAUGCCCGGUGGGGAGAGUUAUAGGGCAAUGGGAGGGACUAACGUGGGUCCCCUCUGCAGAGACGAUCCAGCCCCAGGCCAUGAGGGGCCAUCACCCAGUGCCUCCCACCUUCCCCUGCUGCCUUAUUUAUUGCAUGGGCCUGCCUGGUGCUUUGCUGAUUUCAGAGCGAAGGAUCCUCACAGUCCCUGGGAGCUCACCAUGCAGCCAGUUGAGGGUGUGCCCCAGUGAGGGGCUGAGAGCUAGUAAAUCUAGCUGGGGAGGUGCAUGGUCACUUGUAUCCACACAGGCCAGGAUCACAGCCCGGCCCAUCUCAUCUGGGCUCUGACCCUCCCCGGGGGCUGCUAGUGUCACUGGGGGGCGGGGGGUAGGGUAGAUUCAUAGAUGUUAGGGUCGGAAGGGACCUCGACAGAUCACCGAGUCCGACGCCCUGCUGGGGCAGGAAAAAGUGCUGAGGUCAGAUGACCCCAACCAGAUGCCUGUCCAGCCUUCUCUUAAAGACCCCCAAGGUAGGGAGAGCACCACCUCGCUUGGAAGCCCAGUCCAGGAUUUGGCCACUUUCACCGUGAAGAAGUUUUUCCUGAUAUCUAGCCUAAAUCUGCUCUCUGUCAGUUUGUGACCAUUGCUCCUUCUUACCCCAAAAGGUUCCCUAGUGAACAAAGCAUCUCUGAUCCCUUGCUGUGUCCCCCUGAUGAAUUUGUAGGUAGCCUCAAAAUCACCUCUCAGCCUUCUCUUGCGGAGGCUGAAGAGG